CGCCAAUCAAAACAGUCAAACUGAACGCUCGACGAAAUUUGAAAACAUCCUUGAGUUCGGUAGCUUUAGGUGGAGGUGACGACACACUGAUUUAGCUAAGCUAAGGUUAUUGACAUUUAUUUUAACGCUAAAGAAAUGGGCCCUUGCAACGAAGAGGAUAUCAAAAUGUAUUUUUAUGAGAAUAGGCUGAAAACUUUCGAGGGGUGGCCAUUCGACGAAGACUGUUCGUGUACCCCGGAGAACAUGGCCAAAGCUGGCUUCAUUCACACCCCUUCAGACAACAGCCCAGACAUCGCCAUGUGUUUCUUCUGCCUCAAAGAGCUGGAGGGCUGGGAGCCGGAGGAUGACCCAGAAAAGGAGCACAAAUCCCAUUCACCAUCAUGCCACUUCAUCACCCUGAAGAAGAAAGUAGAAGAGCUGACUGUGGAGGAAUUCUUCAAACUACAGAAGGAGAGGCACAAGUUCAUCAUUAACAAAUCCUGUAACGAGGCCAUCACCAAGUUUGAAGAGGCUGCCAAAUUGAGAAGAGCAGAUAUCAUCAAAACAGCCAUGGGUGAAGAGUGACACCUGAAUAGAUGCUGAUGAAUGAGAUGGGCGGUGUGUGAGAGAUUAAUUGUAGCUGUAAAGCAACUGACUGGAUUCUGCUGAACUCAUUUCAAUGUUCCCUUCAUAUGCCUUCAUGUCUUCUUUGUAUCACUGUAUAUAAGUCCUCUUUAAUGUCUUCUGUUUUCAUGUGAUCUGUUUUUAUUCAUUAAACUGUUUAUUCAUCAAACAUUA